AGCGGAGAAAAUAUAAUAAAAAUUAUUAGUAUAGAUUAGAAAUUAUGAAGCAUUUGUAAUACAUAGCAAAGGAGAAAAACUGAAAAACUGGCUUUUUUGAUUGACAAGUACAUGUAUAAUAAAAGACUCUGCGGAAUAUCAGAAAUCGUACGUGACUAAGAUAGAAAAAACUGCCAUUUUUUUUUUUAAAUAUAAUCUAUGAUUUUUUUUUUUAAAAGAUCAAUAAACAAGAAAUAAUUUUUUAUACACAUACAAGAAAACAUUUAUGUCCGAACUGUGAUCAAAUAGCAUUUAAAAAUUACUUCAUUUGUUUUAUAUAAAGAAAUUUUCUACAAAAGAAAAAAGUUUUUGUUUUUUUUUUUUUGAUUGUGCAACAAAAAGUAUCGCCAGACGAAAUGGAAGUGUUAUCUGUACAAAAUCAAUAUACAGAACGUUUUAAUGUUCUCAGUGGACCGACAAAAUCAAAAGAUUGGUCAACGACGCUGGCGGCCACAACCACAAACGAUAAACAUCAAACCCCUUCAAAUAGUGAUAAUGAUCGUCCGAGUUUGACGGCUGACGAAGAACUCUUCUACUGUGAUAAUGUCGAGUAUGCUGCUGUGAAUAGUUUGUCGCUACGUUUGCUUGAUGAGUUGCGCGCAGCUAAAUCUCGUAAUUUGUCUUGCACGGAAGUGUCAAUACCCUGUGACCUUACCGCACGUAUCGCAUCGGAUAUGAUACGCAUUUCAGAGCGCGAGCCUUGCGGCAUACGAGGUUGCACGGUGUACAUUGAAUUUGCAGAAGAACCGCACAAUUCCAGGCGUAUAGGUACACUGAAAAUCGAUCCGGAUAUGGUAUCCACUUUUGAGUUGUAUUUAACGUUGCAUCAAGACAAACGCGGAUGGACUUCGCUGCUGCCACAAUUUAUGAAAAAUCUUUCACGUAGCGUCACCAUUAGUCCCGAAUUCGGUUUAACAAAACAUAAAUUGUAUUCGCCUAAUGAAAGCAGUUAAUGUGUCAUUCAGUUUAUUGUUGUGUGCACGUCUUCUGCUCUUGUCUUUAUUGCUAUCGCGAUUGCUGUUGUCAAAACCACCCACCUACCUUAAGGCAUAUUCAUUAUCAUUAACCGCUCACAUGCUCAUUUAAAGUUUAAAAGAAAAAAAAAAAAAAAAAAAAAAAC